UUUUCACGUCUCUGAAAACUCGAGAAGAAGCUAAAAUCCUAGAAAAUGGCCACCGGGAUGAAGCUCCCCAUGGCUGUUAGCUUGCAGAAACCCAUGGCUAUGGCGGUUCCAUCUUCCUCAUCUCGUCUCCCUAGAAGGAUCAAUUUCAGUACUUGUUGCAGCAUGAGCGCUACAAGCAAGGCGAAAAUCCCUUUACCUCCGAUAAACCCAAAGGAUCCAUUUCUUGCGAAGCUCGCUUCAGUAGCUUCAACCUCACCUGAAACGUUGCUAAGUCGCCCUGGAAAUUCCGAUUCUCUUCCAUAUUUGGAUAUUUUUGAUUCUCCUCAGCUCAUGGCUGCGCCUGCCCAAGUUGAAAGAUCAGUUUCCUACAACGAGCAUAGGUCGAGGAGGCCACCGCCUGACUUGCCGUCUCUGUUACUUCAUGGAAGAAUUGUUUACAUCGGAAUGCCUUUGGUUCCAGCUGUCACGGAGCUAGUUAUUGCCCAACUGAUGUACUUGCAAUGGAUGGAUCCAAAAGAACCAAUAUACAUUUAUAUAAACUCCUCAGGAACAACUCGUGAUGAUGGUGAAACUGUCGCGAUGGAGACAGAGGGCUUUGCUAUCUAUGAUGCUAUGAUGCAGUUAAAAAACGAGAUACACACAUUGACUGUUGGAGCUGCCAUAGGUCAAGCUUGUCUAUUGCUUGCUGCAGGAACUAAAGGCAGACGUUUUAUGAUGCCACAUUCCAAAGCCAUGAUACAGCAGCCUCGUGUCCCUUCAUCUGGUUUGAUGCCUGCUAGUGACAUUCUGAUUCGCGCAAAAGAGGUGAUAACAAACAGGGACACACUAGUGGAACUCCUAGCAAAGCACACUGGAAAUUCACUAGAGACAGUAGCUAAUGCGAUGAAAAGACCAUUCUACAUGGACGCAAUAAAAGCGAAACAAUUUGGAGUUAUCGACAAGAUUCUUUGGCGAGGUCAGGAGAAGAUUAUGGCUGAAGUGGCUUCCCCGGAGGAUUGGGACAAAGGAGCUGGCAUCAAAGCUGUUGAUGAACUCUAAAUCCCCUCUCAGAUCUACUCUUCAUUCAUAGCAAUGGCGAUAUUGAUGAUAGUGAUAUUGAUCAUAGUGGCGAGAUACUGAUGAUAGUGACGAUAUCGAAGGUGACCUUGAAAUGAAGUUGGAGUUUCUAGCUAUGAUGAAUGUGUCGCUAAUUAUGAAUAUGAUGCUGGAAACAGAUUGAUUUUAUAUCGUCCUUCAAUUCAGGUUAGCUAAAGCAAUGUCUCUUGCACAAUAUUGAUUUCAAAUAUAUAAAUUAUGGAGACAUGUAUUUAAACAAUUUUCUAGGUGUUAAAAUUAGAAUUCCCCAUU